CAGGCCUAUGCGAAGCAAAAUCGGAUGCCAGCAAGAUAGACUGUCAGAGCAUCCGCUGCUCAAAGAAGACGAUAUUUGCUUGAAUGCUAACCAAAUCUUGACCAGAGCGCACCUUGUCUCCUCAAGAAAACGAGAUUUUCACGUGACUCGAUCGUGAUUCGUUCAAAAUCCAAAUCGUCUUGACCUUGAGAGUAUGCCAUGGUUUUUUUUUGUUUGGGAUUUCCCCAAACUUUCUCCUGCCCAGCUGUAACAUUACCAAACUAUAGCAAAUAUCAAACUUCAACCUACAUAAUGGCGCAACCACCCCCAUCCAAACCCCUUCCCAAAAACUGGCCCAAAGAAAUCCCCUACCUCAGCGCACCCCUCCGCUCACCGGCCCUAACCCCGGCCCAGCUAACCUCGAUCCGCACACCACCACCACCAUCCCAGACCCAGCCCAGCACAGUCCCACCUUCCUUCCCGCGCGGGCCCAACCCGGCCGUUGAGAUCCGCCCCAUCACGGACCCGCACCAUCCAGCCCGCGGCCAGGCCGGCCUGUUCGCCACGCGCCGCCUCGAGCCCGGGUCGCUGAUCCUGCCGUACCUGGGCGAGAUCCACCCUGGCGUCCCCGACGCUGCUGCCGCCGCUGACGACCAGCAAGAAGAAUACGACUACUCCAAAUCAGACUACGACCUCUGGCUAUCCCGCGACGCCGACGUCGCCGUCGACGCCGCCCGCUGCGGCAACGAGGCCCGCUUCGUCAACGACUACCGCGGCGUGCCCGGCGCCUCUCGCGCCAACUCCGAGUUUCGCGAGGUCUGGGAUCCGCGGUGGCGGUACCGCGCUGCUGCUGCUGCUGCUGCUGGUGAUGGUGCACGGGGCCAGCCUGUCAUGGCUGCGCAGGCCGGCGAGUGGGGGAUGGCCUUGUUUGUGCUGCCUGUUGGGAAGAAGACGCUGGCCAGGCGGCAGCAGCAGCAGCAGGGUGGGUCUGGAAAGAGGAGUGUAGGGGGGAUUGAGAAGGGGGAGGAGAUUCUGGUCAGCUAUGGCAAGGGGUUCUGGGAGAAGCGGAAAGAAGAGUCUGGUGACGCACCGUGAGAAGCUAGCUCCCACUGCAAUUCCUCGGCAAACACAGCGUUUGCUGUAUUCCUCCGCAUGGCUCAGAAGCCGACGUCAAGUGAGCUCCGGAGUCUCAAGGGUACUUUGGUUGUUCAGGCUCCGCGACGAUCAGAUGCCGCAAAGGACUGCACAGCUGGAAUACUCGAGUGAAUUGCUAAUCCUCCUGUUCACGACACGUUGACCUGCCCCGGACUUCCGAUUCUGAUUGUCUGUUGCCGAAAUUGAUCGGAAAGAAAAGCGAACAAGGUCCGGCCAUCAAGGGACGCGUAUCUACCAUAUCUGAUGAUACGCAGAUGAACGCCAACGUCACCAAUAAGGCAACUAAUUGUCUGAGCCAGCCCAGGCGCCAACUGACACUUUGUUAACGGUUCCCAUCCAGUGUUACAUCCUAAGCUGGGACCAGGAAGCCUCAAGUGCGCUGUUAUCAGAGAAAGUAUGGCAAGGCCCCGAAACCUUCAAGAGUGCCAAGCACAUUCGAGGGUAUAUAUAUACAACAACACCAAGGACCACUCUACCCUGGUUCGUAAUGACUUAAUAAAAUACAUUAUUGAAGGCUG